AUAAUCUUCAUAAAGAAAUAUGCUAUAGCAACCUAAACAAAGUGUUACUCUUUCUGGGUGUGGAGAAUGAGUUGAUUAUUCGGGCUCUGUGAUUCGAUUAGCGGACAGAAAAAAGUUUGAUAAUUUGGUUCAGAAAGGGAAAGAGAAGAUCAUGUCAACAGUAGAACCUCCUUCUUUCCAAGAAGCAGCGCGAUGCGUUGUUUGCAAUUGCAGUUUCAACACCUUCAGGAGAAGGCAUCACUGUCGAUCCUGUGGGAGAACAUUGUGCAACGAGCAUUCAUCAAAUCAAAUGGCUCUACCGCAAUUUGGCAUUUACUCAAAUGUCCGAGUAUGUGCUGACUGUUUCAACAAUUCCCGAUCAGGGAAGGAUGUACCACAGGCUUCUUCAGAUGGAGCAAACAGCGUAACAGAUACAAUUUCUAAAUUAGAUAUCGAGGAAAAGACUAUACCAGCUGCAGAGAAUAAGCUUGUACCAGGCGUUAAAGAGUGUAAAUGUGGAAUGCCUCUUUGCAUAUGUGAAGCUCCUGCCCCUUCCUCUGAUGCACUUCCCCAGCAGAAGAAAUCCACUCCAGUUAUUACAGCUCCAUCCAAUCCCAAACCUAAGAAGACAGAUACUGUUCCAAAAAAUAGAAGCUCCGGUUCAACUAGCAAGUUUAGUUCUACAUUUAACCUUGGUCAUGGAACUAAUGGUAUCUUAGACAGACCCCAGAUUGAUUAUGAAGCUAAUGGAGAGGGUUUAAGAGAAGCAAUAAAAAAUGGUGACAUUGCUGCUGUCAAGAAACUUCUUAGCAAGGGUGUUGAUGCAAAUUACAGGGACAAACAAGGACUGUCUUUAUUACAUUUGGCUGCAGUCUUCAAUCAAACCGAUAUAGUUUUCAUUCUCAUGGAUUCGGGGGCAAGCUUGGAGUACAAAAAUGCUCAAGGAGAAACACCUUUAGAUUGUGCUCCAGCAACAUUGCAAUACAAAAUGCGAAAGAAGAUGGAAGAAGGUGGAGCAAUGAACCAAAACAUAUGAAUAAUCUAUCAAUUUUAUUUGUAAUGAUCUUAUGCAGUGCCCCAAAGAGAGCUUCAAAUUUUACCACUGUCUUAAAGUUCUCUCAGCAGAACAAAAAUUUUCUGCUUCUAUAUAUUUGUGAGGGAGCUGGAGUUCAAUUCAUCUCUUUCUAAAAUGGCAGACUGAGUAUGCAAACCUAUAUAUGACACAUCUUUGUCAGCCAAUCCAGUUUGUAAAUUUGUUUGGUUAUGUCAUAAGAGCAUUUUUUAGCAUGCAUCACUCACUAUGUUGUUGAGAUGAGUUGUCGACAGCAUGCGGUAGAAGAAAGUACGUAUAGAGUGAAUUGAAUUCAUAUCCAAACAUUCGUUACACGUUGAGUGACCCUGUAAUUGAUUCUGAAUACAAUGAUGAAACUGUGAUUUUAUAUUCAC